AUCAGGUAUGUUUGGUCCCAGCAUUGGGCUCCGUCAACCGUUGCUGCCGCGAGAGUUUCUGCGUCCUCGCGAUCGUCGCAAACAACGACUCAAGUUUCAACAUAUCUAACAUCGUCACACAGUGCAGUUGAUUGCUCAUUACGUAUCCCAAAAUGCCCCUCACACGGCCCAACCCGCGAUUCCUCGCCCGCACAAACCGUAUCUUCACCUCGCAAAUACGAACAUACGCUGCACCAGGCGACGGCGUGAUCCCACCCGCGAAGAAGAAGUAUGUUCCGACUUCAGGCACAUACCCGCUCGGGUUCAAGGCUGGAAGUGCGCAUGUUGGUGUCAAGGCGUCCAAUACCCGCUUCGACGAUCUCGCCCUUAUCGCAUCCGAUACUCCAUGCGCAGGAGCAGCCGUCUUCACAACGAACAAGUUCCAAGCCGCUCCAGUCACUGUCAGCAGGGACAUGCUAAAGAAGAGGAAGGGCGAGGGCAUCCGGGCUGUCGUAGUGAAUUCAGGAUGCGCCAACGCAGUGACGGGGCGUGGGGGCAUUGAGGAUGCUAUAUCCAUGGGCCAAGAAACCGACAAGUGCUUCAUACAAGACAACAACGGGCAGGACGACCUGAAAGGAAGCCGAAGCAUUGUCAUGAGUACCGGUGUCAUCGGUCAGCGCCUGCCCAUUGACAAGAUUACCUCAAAAAUACCCACUGCAUACUACAAUCUCGGAGACACGCACGAACACUGGCUAGGCACCGCACGUGCAAUCUGUACAACUGACACGUUUCCCAAGCUCGUCUCAAAGACAUUUUCGUUACCGAGCACUCAACAAGAAUACCAUAUUGCGGGUAUGACUAAGGGCGCAGGCAUGAUCCAUCCCAACAUGGCCACGCUUCUAGGCAUAAUCUGCACAGACGCCCCCGUCGCCCCUUACCUGCUCCGUCAAGCACUUGUCGCCGCCAUUGGAAAGUCAUUCAAUAGCAUUUCCAUUGAUGGUGACACAUCCACCAACGACACAGUAGCUAUCCUAGCCAACGGUGCCGCCGGUGGACAGCCCAUUACCUCAGCCGAUUCCAAAGACUUUGCCGCUUUCCAAAAAGUCCUCACGGACUUCUCGAUUGACCUGGCGAAGCUGGUGGUCAGAGACGGAGAAGGUGCGACAAAAUUCGUCACCAUCAAGGUGACAAAUGCCGCGUCGUACAAGGAUGCUCACCGCGUAGCCUCCACCAUCGCGCGUUCACCGCUCGUCAAGACAGCCUUGUACGGAAAGGACGCAAAUUGGGGCCGUAUCCUGUGCGCGACGGGCUACGCCGAAGGCGUUGAUUCUGUUGUUCCCGAAGAGACGAGCGUAAGCUUUGUCCCCACGGACGGCAGUGAGGAGUUGAAGCUACUUGUCAAGGGUGAGCCUGAGCAAGUUGAUGAGAACAGGGCAGCCAAGAUUCUAGAGGCUGAAGAUUUGGAGAUCAAGGUUAGGCUGAGUGAAAAGGAAGGCGAGGAGGCUGUCUUCUGGACGUGUGAUUUUAGUCACGAGUAUGUCACUAUCAACGGUGAUUACCGGACAUGAGGAAAUGUAGAUACAGAAUCUUAUUGAGCGAUUCAUCUAUUUCUGCAGCCGGAGUAUGUAUGCAUCGUGUUCCGUAUGGUGGUUGCCCAUGCUCAGGACUUCUGCGGAUCACAAUCCUGUGAACUUUUCUCUGUCCAUACAAAAGCCAAGAUCCCAAAAACUGCUACAUACGACCACAGGCAAAGGAUUACUCCGGAUCCCGUCCGCUCUCCACACGAUAAACCUUUAACCGGCGAAUUAGUAGUCAGGUGGGUGACCACUGGCGAAUAAUCGCUGUUGUAUGUUUUUUUGCACAUGCUCAAGCCACUUGAGCAAACAUGAGCUUACGCCUCUACCUUUUCCGGAU